GGCUGGCGGAAGAACUCGUGCGCCGCUGUCAGCCGCGCCGGAAGUUCCCGGCCAGGCCUGGCGGUAACCUUGGGGUCCUCGCCGCCACGCCGCCCGGGUGGGCUUUGCCAGGCCGGGUGUCCGCCGAGGCCGAGCCGGUGCGGUACUCGGAAGCGCGGAGUUGCCUAGGAAGGCCCGAGCCGCAGCGGGAGAGCGUCGCGCGGACGCUUGGCCGCCCCAGCCGCGAUGUCUCUGGUGGCGGAAGCCUUCGUCUCCCAGAUCGCAGCUGCAGAACCUUGGCCUGAAAAUGCUACAUUAUAUCAGCAACUGAAAGGGGAGCAAAUUUUGCUUUCUGACAAUGCAGCUUCUCUUGCUGUGCAGGCCUUUUUGCAAAUGUGUAAUCUUCCGAUUAAAGUGGUUUGUAGGGCAAAUGCUGAAUAUAUGUCUCCAUCAGGUAAAGUACCUUUUAUUCAUGUAGGAAAUCAGGUUGUGUCGGAACUUGGUCCAAUAGUCCAAUUUGUUAAAGCCAAGGGCCAUUCUCUUAGUGAUGGGCUGGAUGAAGUCCAAAAAGCAGAAAUGAAAGCCUACAUGGAAUUAGUCAACAAUAUGCUGUUGACUGCAGAGUUGUAUCUUCAGUGGUGUGAUGAAGCUACAGUAGGGGAGAUCACUCUUGCUAGAUAUGGAUCUCCUUACCCUUGGCCUCUGAAUCAUAUUUUGGCCUAUCAGAAACGAUGGGAAGUUAAACGUAAGAUGAAAGCUAUUGGAUGGGGUAAGAAGACUCUGGACCAGGUCUUAGAAGAUGUAGAUCAGUGCUUUCAAGCUCUUUCUCAAAGAUUGGGAACACAACCAUACUUCUUCAAUAAACAGCCUACUGAACUAGAUGCACUUGUGUUUGGCCACCUGUACACCAUUCUUACCACUCAGUUGACCAGUGAUGAGCUUUCCGAGAAGGUGAAACACUAUUCCAACCUCUUUGAUUUCUGUAGAAGAAUUGAACAGCAUUACUUUGAAGAGCGUGGCAAACAUACUCCAUUACACUGACAUGACUUGUCAGAAUUUAGCGUUUAGUUGUUAUUAAAAAAGUCACUUUUAAAAAAUUGUACUUGAACGUUGUAGAAGAUAGUGGUAUCAGAAUUUUAAGACAAAAAAGGAAUGCUUUUAAAAACUUUAACAGAUUAUAUGUAUCCUGUACAUGUACUUUGUACUGUUAUUUGUAUACACAUUAAAAUAAUUUUGGAUGAUUUUAUUUGAUCUAUUGCACUCUGUCUUCAAAUUUUGUUUCCUUAAAAUAUGUAUGCAUAUAAAAAUAAAGCUUAAACAACCAUGUGGGUGGUAUAUAUACUUUUCUCUUUUGAUUUUUCUGAAAGCUAUUCCUGAGUUUUUUACAUGGAAUGAAUAAAUGAGUUUUGUAAGACAACAUAUUUGUGUUCCAUAUUCCCAAGACUAUUUUGCAAUAUGUAUUUGUGAAUCUCGUUUGGGGAAAAAAUGUUCCUAACAGUGUAUACUUAAAAAUAUGAGUGAUUUGGGGAGCUUUAGGAUUUAGUGUUGUGGUGACCUCUACGCUGAUUUGAAUUCCUGCCACCACAUACCACAUAUGGUUCCCGGAACACCGCCAGUGAUCACUCCUGAGCAUACAGCCAGAAUUAGCCCCUAAGUACCAGUGAGUGUGGCCCAAACCCCUACUGCCUCAAAAGAGAAAGAAAAUAUGGGGGACUUCAAAGCAGUUAGGUUCUAGAAUAUAUUUAACUUAAGAGCAUCCUUUAUAUCUAGGUUUGAAUUAAAUAUGUUUAAUCAGAACCAGAGAGAUAAAACGGUGUGUAAGAUACUUGCUUUCCACACAGGUAUCUGGGUUUGAUCUCUAGUACCACAGAGGUCCCAUGAACACUGCAAGUGUGAUGUCCCUAUAGGAGUGACAUAGGAGUAUAUCUUGAUCACAGUCAUGUGUGGUCCAAAAACCAAUAAAACACACACCUCAAACCAUUUAAUCAGUUCAGCUUUAAAGUCUACUUUUGUUUGAUAAGGGGAUAGUUUUCGGGUUUCUAUUUUUGGAGGCAGUUAUUUUCUUUUAAAACUUUAGUUUGGGGGCCGGAGUGAUAGCACAGUGGGUAGGGCGUUUGCCUUGCAUACGGCCGACCCAGGUUUGAUCCCCGGCAUCCCAUAUGGUCCCCCAGGUACUGCCAGGAAUAAUUCCUGAGUGCAAAGCCAGGAGUAACCCCUGAGCAUUGCUGGGUGUGACCCCGAAAGAAAAAAAUGUAAAAAAAAAAAACCUUUAGUUUGUCAUGUUUGCAAUAGUGUAAAGAAAGUUCCAUACCAUAUAAAGGAUAUAUUAGCUUUCAAAUCUCACAAAACAUUGGUUGCUUCUUUUAGAUUACAGUGCUAAAAUUCCCUGAGCUAAUUUUGUAGUGUAUUUUACUGAAAUAGAAAAUCCCUAGUUACUCAGUUUUUAUGGCAGUGUUUUUUUUUUGUUUUUUUUUUUCUUUUUUGGGUCACACCCAGCGAUGCACAAGGGUUACUCCUGGCUUUGCACUCAGGAAUUACUCCUGGCAGUGCUUGGGGGACCAUAUGGGAUGCCGGGGAUCGAACCCAGGUCGGCCGCGUGCAAGGCAAACGCCCUACCCGCUGUGCUAUCGCUCCAGCCCCUAUGGCAGUGUUUUUUGGUAUAUGUUACCAUCUACUUUUUGAUUCCUCCACCCCUCUCGGAGAGCCCGGCAAGCUAAUAGAGUAUCUUGCCCACAUGGCAGAGCCUGGCAAGCUACCCGUGGCGUAGUCGAUAUGCCAAAAACAGUGACAGGUCUCACAAUGGAGAUGUUACUGGUGCCUGCUCCAGCAAAUUGAUGAGCAACGGGAUGACAGUGAUACAGUGAUACUUUUUGUACAGUAUUUUUAUUUCAUUUUUUUUAAAUUGAAUUGUUAUGGUAUGCAAUAGUAUUAAUAUUUUUUCGUGUUUGCAGUGCUAUUGUACCACACCAACCACUAGACUGCCAGUAUCCUGAUUCCUCUACCCCUGAGUCCCUUCUUACCACUACACCCCUUUCUUUAAUGGUCCCAGUUUUCAAUUCUAAUUGCAUUUGGUUGAUGCUUUUGUUUGUUUGUUUGCUCUUGGGCCACACCUGGCAGUGCUUUGGGCUUACUCUUGACUUGGUAUUCAGAGAUCAUUCCUGGUAAGAUUUGGGUGACCAUAUGGAAUUCCGAGGAUCGAGCCUUUGUUGUGUGUGUGCAAGGCAAGCACCCUGCCCACCGUACUAUCCCCAUGUUUGAUACUUUUUAAAUUAGGUGGUACAUGGUACCCCAGUGUAAGCUUUUUUCUUCAGUUUUUUAUGAUAUAAAGCUAGUAAGACAUGCUUAUACCUUAGUAUAUCUCGAUCCAAUAAUUAAAGCUGGCUAUAUUCUUAAUAUGAGCAACAUUGGGAGACAACUGUUUAUUCUAAGUUGAGUAAUAAUACCCUUAUUUAGAACUUCUAUGCAAGGAUCACUCUCAAGGGAGUCUUGUUUCUCUUACCUUGAAUAAAUCGGCUUCAGAACAAAAUGCAAUAGAAUAGUAGUAUCCCAUCAUGAUGGUUCAGUUAUCUGUUUUAUAUUUAGUUUUGGGGCUACACCCAGCAGUGGUCAGGGCUCCUCAUAUUUUAAAUAAUGGUACAUGAAGCCAAGUCACAACUAAAAAUUAUCACUGAAAUGUUGAAAUGGAUCUGAAAUGUUGGUUUCAGUUAAAUGUUUUGAUACUCAAAUUGUGUGUAGUAAAAUUCAAGUUGCAUCAUUCCUUAUUAAAAUCAAAUAGAAACACUAAA